AUAACUCGCUUUCAUUCUUAGAAUAUGGAUCUCAGAUAUUCUUAGCGGUCGUCAAUGAUUUUAACAGCCAGGAACCGAAAAUUAUGAGACAAGACUCACCUACACUUAUAAGCAAUUCCCUAUGGCUAAAUGAUCCAACUUUCUUGAAAAUCAUUGAAUACAAAGACAAGUUUACGUUUUUCUUUCGUGAAGUGGCACAGGAAGGCGAAGUGGAAUAUGACGACAAAGAAAAGGUUACUCUUGCGAGAGUAGCUCAAGUUUGUAAAAAUGAUCCUGGUGGAGUGAAUAUUCUUGCUCAACAGUGGACGUCGUUUCUCAAAGCUCGUCUUCAUUGUGGAUAUCCUAAACGUCAACAUCUUCAAUUCAGUAACAUGACGUCAGUUACAGACAUUGUCUCGGUAUCUGAUGAAUCCGGUGAAGAACUAGAUGUCGUGUUCGCAACUUUCACUACACCGUGGGAUUGGCAAGAUGCGUCACUAUCUGCUGUGUGUGCUUUCUCCAUGAAAGAUAUCAUCAAAGUUUUUGAAGAGGGAUCAUUUGCAGGAGAAUACGAACUCACUGCACAACAAGAUGUUGCAUCAUCUCCUGGAGUUACUGCAACACCAGUACUCAAUAGAGCUAAUACAAUAAAAAGAUCAUACCCAAUUCCUUCCGAAAAAGAACCAGUGCCGAGACCAGGAGGAUGUUCAAAAACCCACUCACCGAACACAUUAUACUUUGCAAAAAUUCAUCCAUCCAUGUACGAUGUCAUAGAACCUUAUGGAUCUGCACCUCUCUUCAUUUCAUACACUAAUGUGAGGGCUACUCAAGUUGCCGCUGACAACAAUGCUGGUGAGAGUGGAAAACUCAUGAUAUAUAUCGGUACUGAGGACGGAAAUGUUUUACGAUUGAGAGGAAUGUUAUCUUCUGGAAAUGCACAACGAGCUUUACUGAUUGAGAGUGUCAAAGUCAGUAACAAAGAAAAGUGUGAACAAAAUGGUUGCGGUGUUCGAUCAUUACAUGUAUCUCGACCACCCGUUGGAAGCACAGAAUCGAAGCCAUCUGCUUUUGUCGCUUUCACGGAUCACAUGGUUCAGUUCCCUCUCGUUCGAUGCAGCAUCUAUAAAUCUAAAGAGUGCUGCUCUGUUGAUCCUGAUUGUGGAUGGAAUGGAUACGAAAAAUGUGUACAGAGAACCGCACAAAAUAAUGAUAGUCUGAUUCCAACAUCAAAGGAUGGUGAAAAAAUACCAGAAACUUGUAAUGCCUUUGACAGAAUUCCAACCGGUGGUGAUGACAAUAAAUCAUUAGCUCAAGCAUCUGCAGGAAAUUUUCUGAUCCUGGCUUUUUUUGGAGGUCUUCUACUCGGUAUCCUCAUCAUGGUGGCAGUCUUCUUCGCUUAUAAACAUUGCUCACAUCGCAGGAGGAAGCACACCAGGGGAUGUUUAUCAGUAACUAUUAACAGCGAACCCAAGAUGAAGAAAGUAAAAAGGAAUGAAAGUAGAAGAAGUGAUGAAAUCAAAGAAAAUGUUGUCGAAGAUCGCGGAUCAAAUUAUAUGGAGAUGACAAAAUCACCACAGCACACAUAUCCUCUUCCACCAAGUCCAUCUUCAUCUGGAGGUGAUCCACAUGAUUAUAAAAAAGCAAGCACCAAAUAUCCAAAAAAACAUAGCAGUCCAAAGUCUCCUAAAGCAAAAGCUCCUCAACCUCCUGAAACAGUUCCAUUAGUCGGAAGUCAACAAAGUUCACCAACUAAAUCACAAACUUCUGAGACAGCGCAAGAUCUGAGAAAAACAGCAAUGCCUGAAAAGGUGACAACACCGCAGCAUAUUUCGCCAGUGAAGGAAAAUCCAAAUUCAAACAACAGCAAUAAUCAUUAUUUUGCCGCAAAUUUUGUACCAACUACUGAACCAAUAGCUCCCCCUUUACCAGUGAAACAAUCUACUAUCAGAAGACAACAGCAACAAGCAGUUCAACCGUCAAUUGAUCCCCAGCCUACACCAAGAAAAGUUACAUUGCCUUCUAGAAAAUACCAAUCUUUUGCUGGAUUUGACCGACCCAAACCACCUGUCCCACAAAAGUCACAUCUUGCACAGGUUUUUGCUGAAAGAAAUCUUCGUCCUCACUCGCUCGCACCUCCAAAAUCAGUUCGAAAAAUUGAAGACAUCUCAAUACCGAAACAAAGUUAUUCAAUGACACCACCGACCUUACGAUCAGAAAAAUCAUAUGGAGGAUUUGAUCAACCUAAUCGAGAAAUCAUUAUACCAAAGCGACGGGAGAGACCACCAUCAUUUCGCUACAACAAUGCAGCACCAAAAGAAGUAAGAAGCCCUGUUCCUGUGGCAGCUCCUGUUGCUCCAGUCAUCAAUACAAGAUCACCAGAUCGUGAUCCGCUGUUGUUUCAAUAUUGAAAGCAAAAGUGAGAAUGAGAUAAGUUUGUUACCGAAAGAUACAGUGGUUGUCAGAGUACUUACAACUUUUAUGAUAUAACAUGGAAUUUCUAGUGUAAAUAAUUAAUAAUUUGAAUGGCCUAUGCCGAGCCAAAAAUGUUUUUGUGGCGAUAUUUUUAAUUGUCAAUAGAUUAUCUGUCUUUUUGACCUUGUUAAAAGUUGAGGUUUCAGUAAAGACUUUAUGGAUUAUUUUCUGCAGUUAUGGGAUACUGUAACAUAGGCUUUAAGUUGGAAAAUCCUAAAUUAUAUUUAAGAAUUUGCACCAAAAAUGUCAGUUUCUUCAAUUUUGGUUUUUCGUUAUUCGUUGUUUUUAUAUGAUUACUAUUUUUUUUAUUCUUUACGUAACAUUUAAUUAGACUUAGAUGGUAAUUUUGUGUUUCAGACAAACCUGUGAUUUGUCAUCUAAGUGAUACAGCUGCAUAACAUGUAUCGAUAUAAAAUUUUGAUUUCAUAGUUCAAUUUCGUUGUGUUAUUAUAUUUUUUUUUAUUCUUAUUUGAUAUAUUUCUUUAUUUUUAUUCAUUUCUGAUAUUAAAACAGCUUCUGUUUGGAAUUUCUAAUGCAGAACAUCAUUUUUUAAAUAAGUUGAUAUUUCCGAACUACUAUUCCAUACUUGAAACUUUCAUAAAUAAUGCUGUUAUUUGAAAUUGUACUAUUUUAAAGAGCGUCAGAAAUGUAAUUUAAUUUUCACCUUCUUUUGCGCUAUUUCCACGCUACAUCUAAAACACUUUUUUGAUCUAUAAAUAUGUGAUUUAUGCUGAAAAUAAAUUUAGAUACAAUUUCUAACAACGAACUAUGCAUGAUCACUGCCUUGGUACGAUAAGUAUCUUUUAUGCAUGAUUAUAAAAAUGGCACGCUACAAAUCAUAAGAUUAUGGUAUUAACAAUAUAAAUAAAAUAUUUUUUAGAUGUCUUCAACUGCACCAGCUAAUAAAAAAUAUACUUAGGUAUACUAUAAUAUUAUAAGAAAUAUACAAGAGAUAAUUCUUUCAUAUUUUGUAUGAUGAAUAUGAUAAUGUGUUGCAACGAUACAUGACAAAUUCUGUACAUUUUAUUCAUAUUUUUUAAUGCUGAAGAAGGCGUUGAGGGAUGUGAAGUAUGAGACAGAAACCAUCAAAAAAUUUGGCAAAAUUUUGAUUACUGCAAAUUAAAUCCAGUUUUUCACUUAUAUAUUUAUGGGAAAUGACUACUAUGUAUCCAAUACAAGUUGAUCUUCGAUUCCACAGCUUUUCUUUUUAUAUAUCAUUGUCAGGAUGUUAAUAAAAUUUAUGUUCUCGUAAAUUUUACAGUAAGCUAACUGUGUCUCAAACAUCACAAACAUUUCUUCAGUAUCUCACAAGUUCUGCUUUGUAGUUUUUGCUUUUAAUGUAUAAUGUUGGCAUAUUGUUGUCAAUUCAGUAGCAUAAAUGUUCCAUAUAGUGACAAUCUAUAUCAUGUAUCGAUACAUGAAUUAACGCACAAAUGUAAAUGUAAUCGCACUGUAAUUGGAAUUUUCGAUAGGUUUUAUAUAAUAUAUGGUUCUGAUUUGGGAUGGACAAAACAGAAUAUUUCGCUAUAAUUGAAUAAAACAAAAAGUUUCUGAAUAUUUGCGAAAAUACUAUAUCCCCGAUAGAUUUGAAGAUUAGGCAAAGAAAUCACACAAAUGGAGUGAAUUCAUAAUCAAUUAAUAACUAACAUAAUUACUGUAUAUAGACAAAUUUCUAAAUCCAAUAGUUGUGUAUGAAUGUUCAAUAUAGCAACUUGUUUUUUUUGACAUCCACAGAUCCAGGAUAAUAAAAUAAUAUGGUAUUGAGGCAAGUUCAAUCUUUCAAAGAACAAUGCAUGUGUGAUGCUUCAUUACAAUGAUUAAAAUUAAAUUUUCCGCAUAUAUAUCGUGAGCUUUAUAAUAGCAUCUUUGGAGUACUCUCUUUGGAGUACUUCCACUCACUCUCUGCUCAACCAGGCACGAGAUGUGGUAGGAUUUUAAUUUGCUACGAAUCAUUAAUUAGUAUCAAUAUUAAUACUUUUCUAAUGGGUAUAGUGUCGUGGAAAGUGUUUCAUCAACAUACUUUUUUUUAUCAAAUUAUAUCGCAAGCCAUCAUUAUAGUUCAACCAUGAUUAACUUUCAAUUCAUGAUGCUAUGUGUCGUGGUGUAUUUAAUCAAAGUUAUUUUUAUGUAAUCCUUUUUUGUUGAUUCUUUAAUUAAAAUGCUUCUUGCAAAAUUAA